UGUGACCUCUGUGUCGUCAUAUAUUUCUCACACCUUCCUCCAAGUGGGAUUUUGAAGUUUUAGCUGUGGGUCCUGUCUAAGCAUACUAAACAAAUGCUAUGGAGUCAUACGAGAUAGCGCAUUCACUUUCGAUAGUCGCCAGAGAUGACGAGUUGUCGACGACCACUGUGGCAUACUCCCUCUGACAUGAAAGUAAAAGUCCUCUCGAGAAACCCAGACGACUACGUCCGGGAGACCAAACUUGAUAUUCAGCGUGUUCCCAGAAACUAUGACCCUACACUUCAUCCAUUUGAGGUGUGCCGAGAAUACACCCGGGCCCUUAAUGCCACUAAACUGGAUAGGGUGUUUGCAAAGCCUUUUCUGGCCUCAUUGGAUGGACACAGAGAUGGAGUGAACUGCAUGGCCAAGCACACCAAGAGCCUCUCCACAUUGCUGUCUGGCUCUUGUGAUGGGGAGGUUAAAGUAUGGAAUCUUUCCAAACGUGAAUCCCUCCGCACAUUCCAAGCCCAUGAAGGUUUUGUCCGUGGAAUCGCUGUCCGCUUCUGUGGAACUUCGUUCUUCACGGUCGGUGAUGAUAAAACAAUCAAACAAUGGAAAAUGGAGGCCCCAGGUUAUGGUGAGGCAGAGGAGCCACUUAAUACAAUUCUGGGCAAGACAGUAUUCACAGGGCUUGACCAUCAUCAGAAAGAAGGUGUGUUUGCAACAUGCGGCCAGCAGGUGGACAUUUGGGAUGAGAAAAGGAGCAGCCCCAUCCGUUCUUUUACCUGGGGUGUGGACAGCUUCAGCUCUGUCCGUUUUAACCCAGUGGAGACUGAACUUCUUGCAAGCUGCGCCUCUGACAGAAGCAUCGUACUGUAUGACAUGAGAGAAGCAGCUCCGCUUAAAAAAGUUAUCAUGACGAUGAGGAGCAACACAUUGUGUUGGAAUCCAAUGGAGGCUUAUUACUUCACAUCUUGUAAUGAAGACUAUAAUCUUUACACAUAUGACAUGAGACGCUUGAACCAGCCGGUCACUGUACACACUGACCACGUGUCUGCAGUGCUGGAUGUUGACUAUUCCCCCACUGGCAGAGAGUUUGUGUCUGCCAGUUUUGACAAGACCAUCCGCAUCUUCCGCAAGGGUGCUGGCCGUAGUAGGGAGGUCUACCACACCAAACGCAUGCAGCAUGUCAUCUGCGUAAAGUGGUCAGCCGAUAACCGCUACAUUCUGAGUGGGUCAGACGAAAUGAAUAUCCGUCUCUGGAAAGCGAAUGCUUCAGAGAAAUUAGGAGUGCUCGCACCCCGAGAGAGGGAGGCCACCAACUACCGACAUAAACUGAGAGAGAAGUUCAAGCACUUCCCACAGAUCAGGCGCAUCGCUCAGCAUCGACAUCUCCCCAAGGCCCUUUACCACCAGUCUAUGGAGCUAAGGACAAUGAAGGAGGCUUGCCGCAGAAAGGAGAAGAACGUUCGCACGCACAGCAAACCAGGAAGUGUGCCUGUCUUAUCUGAGAAAGAGAAGCAUGUUGUGUCUGUGGUCAAAUAAAAAAAGAGAAUUAAUACACAACACUCUGGAGAUUCAUCACACAUAUACAGGGUUUGAUCAGACUGCUCUUGCUUUCCAAUCUUGCAAUUACCUUCUCACUGAGCAUGUUUUUACAAGUCAAAGCAUUCAUCUUGCACCUUUCAAAUCGUAUUUGAUUAUGCAUUUUCAGAAGUGACGUUGAAUUGUUCCUUUAAAGCAGUGAUUCCCAACCAGGGUGCCAUGACACACUACUAGUCUGCUGUGAGAGAUCAUGAGGGGUGCUGUGGAAAAUUAUCUUCUUUCACCCAAGUUGUCUGAAAAUAAUUAUUUAUUAAUUACACAUUUGUAAUUGUUCAUCUCUAUACGACAGGCAGAACAAUUUUCCAUUACAUGGCAGAAGGUACCACCUUUUGCCAUUCAUGGCAGAAUAACUCAUUGCUUCAUGCGAGUAUCUCAACUUUGUGUUCAGUUCAGUUUAUACUCCUAGAGACAUUAUUGUUUGGUGGUGUUCCCUGAGAUUUUUCUGUCAAAUGGUUACCUUGACUCAAAAUAUGUUGGGACACAUUGCUUUAAAGCAAUCACAAUCUCUAUACUGUCAAUGUCAACCAAUGGAUGUAAGUAGAGAAUCACCAAUUCCUUGAGACUCAAUCCAUUUUCCACAGCGCUUGUUCUCAUUUGGGGUGGGAGGUGAGCUGAAGACCUGUUUGUCUAAAUUAAACAAAAAUAAAGAAAAUCCCACAAUUA